AUGCCAGCUGCCUACAUGGAUUCAGUGUCAGCUGAACCUGAUUUGCUGGACGAUUCAGCCGAGUCGUGUGACCCGCCGCUCGGCCCCACACCAGGCCCUUCCCCGCCCAACCUAAACACAUUAAAUAGUGGCAAAGCCAGCCGGUUAGAGUUCCCUGAAAAAAGCAUGAAUUGA